AGGUUCUAGUUGCACUACGACAGUUCCUGGCAAAACGAUUCAAACCUUCAACAGUGAAAGUAUUAUAUCGUUUUAGUACCAACAAAGUGCCGUAUUCUUACCACCCGGUAUCGCGUUUUUCAUAGUUUUUUGCCAUAUUUUAAGCCGGUGGUUGACGAUCACCGAAGUUCUCCAACGGCUUUCAGAUACUUUGACGAACGCGCAUCUUUUUUUUGAGGAUACUGCUAUUCAAGGGCGAUUGUAAACUCCGCCAAAAUACAGGUUAGAUAAAAAGACGCUCAAAAACCAUACAUCGUAACAAUAUGUAUAUCAAACUUCUUUUCUCGGCGUUUACAAUCACGGCGUUCACGUCAGCACGCCCUCAGCAAUUGCCGUUAUCUUUAGUGCCACCCGUCCAACAGGGUUUCGUAGCACCGCCACAAAACAACGCCAUAAAUCCUUCAAUCAACUCUAUCGGCAAGCCAACCAAUCCAAUUGUGGUGGCCGCGUUCCAGAGAGAUGCUUUGCUGCCCCCGCACAUGCAAAAUUCGUUUUAUAAGAACCCUAAGAUAGCAGAAAAUUUGGCCCAGAACAGUUGGUUUGGCCCUGGUGAGCAACACGCUGUCAACAGGGAAACUGAAAAGAUUCCGAGAGAGAAAAUCUUUCUCAUUUUAAAAAACGCGGGACUAUUGCCCACGCAUUGACUCGGCAUAAUUAAUUAACAUCAAGAUUAAUAUUAUUAUUAUUUAAUACUAGCAUAAUAUUAUAUAUGAUGCAUUAAAUUAAUUGUACAUAUUUUUAUCACAUCUUUUUCCCGAAUCAAACACCAAAUGCUUCACUCAUUUUUUGUACAUUUUUUCCUCUAAAUAUAAUUUUUAGCAAUAGUAAAAAAUGGCGUGUUUAACAAACAUAUUUUUUUAAAUAUAAAUACUGUAUAAUAUUUAAGUAAUUACAUCAGACCAUGUGCGUGUGAGUACAUUAAAUUUUGUAAAUAGAAAAUAAUUACUGUAACAUUAUAUUAGAAUAAAUCAUUAUAUUUUAUCUUUGUUUUUGUAAGUCAAAUGUUUUUUUUUUAUGAAUACGUGUACCAAACAUAAUAACCAGUAAAUAGUAUAUUUUACAAAAGAAAAAAACUUAUAUUAGAUCAUCAAAUUUUUCAUUAUUAUAAACGUGUAUGUUAUAUAUUUUAUAUUAUACGUAUUAAGUAAUGGCCUAUAUUUAUAUAAUAAAAUAAUAAUGUUUGUAAACAAGGUAGUUUGAAAGUCAGUAUUUGUUUUCUUAUGCCUGAGGACUAAAGGCAUUUUCUUCAAAAUUAUAUUUUUUAUUUUCUACAGCUCA